CCGCAAUGUCCAAACGUUUUGCCAUUUUGUAUAAAUAGCGGCUUUUGAUCAACUUAUUCUCAAUCAUCACUCUCAAGCACUUUCUCUCUCAUCUACAAGACUCUCUCAUCUUAAAGUACAUCUUCUCACUCUUCAAAAUGAAGUUCAGCAUCCUCACUGCCCUUACCGCCAUUGUUGGCAGCGCUGCCGCCGCUAACCAGGCUGUCGUCAAGAACGACUGCUCUGGUACCAUCUAUGUUCAGUCUUGGCCUUACAACGGCGGUGCUCCUGGACCUCUUGUGACCCUCAAGCCCGGUCAGAAGUUCUCUGAGAAUCUCCGCUCUACUGGAUCUACCGUCAAGAUUGCCACCACCAAGACGCUCAGCAACCCUCUCUUCUUCGGCUACUCCUCCACCUCCAAGCCCAACUACGUUUACUACGAGUUCAGCACUCAAUGGGGUAACCCCUUCGCCAACAAGCACAACAUCCUCACCACUGGUAAGGGAUGCAAGCAGUUUGACUGCGCUGCUGGCGAUGCUUCUUGCUACAGCACUCCUAGCAUGAAGAAGGUCUAUGGCUGCCCUCAGCCUGCUACCAUCACUGCCACCAUCUGCGCCAAAUAGAGGACACACUAGACAGGUCUUCUGAGCCCUUUGAACGAAGGGCUGAGCGAUUGGAGGGAACAAGAAUAGAGAGAAAUGUAUAGAUCUUAUGAGUUGAGGUAGUAAUGCAUAUUUAAUAACGGAAACUCCCAGCGUUAAAUGAAAUUGGUAUUCGCGGGUCAAAUGCAAUGGCGAUUUCUAUGAAUCAAGGAAUGAUUAGUAGACGCAAGGGUAAGAUGAUAAUCACUUAACUGGGAUGUUUCUCAUGCGCC